AUGGCGGCUGUCGUACCGGCCGGUAACGGAGAUCGCGACGAGCGGAAGGAACGCGAGGUCCCCAAUGGGGCGUGGGUGGAUCACGCGCGCGGGGUGGAUGCCACCGAAAUCCCGCAUUUUAUGCGCCAGUGGAAUACCUUAUGGAUUUCAGCAUUGUCGGUCAGCUCGCAGAUUAGUGACCGUGUAAUGAAUCCCACAUGGAUCGCCGUCAACGAUUUCUCCACCGCCCAGUGCGCGCACUUGUACAUUGAAAUACUGACCAAGUUUCGCUGGACAACCAUAUACAUGGUUAUCGAUCCGGGAGAUCCUAUCGUUUUCGGGUUUAUCGCAACAAUGUUGUUGAAGGAGCUGGCCAAACAAUCCACUUUCCGUUACUAUGUGCAGCGCAUAUCGACCAAAGGUGCCCGUGUAGCUUACGGGGGCUUUGAGUCGGUUUUAAAGGACGUCGCUGCAGUUAGCCGUGGUACGAUGAUUACGGCGGAAAGAAUGGGCAUGACGAAUGGUGAAUACGUAUACAUGGGUCUGGAAACUAUGCGUAAUAAACCGCUCAUCGGUGAUUUCAACUGGCAAUACCACGACGAUAACGACCAGGUCGCCUUUCGUGCGUACCAGUCGCUGCUAUUAAUUCAGCCACAAAACAUCGAUACGCCACCCAAUAUGCAGAUGGGAAUGGAAUUUAUUCGCCGCUCCACACGGGAUUAUAAUCUCACCUAUAACAUUUCCGAUCAGCUCAUCAAUGAAUCGCUGUCUCGAGUAGAUGGUAUCGAUUAUCAAGAUGGAAAAGCUCUGGCGCGCCUCUUUCUCAAUCACACCUACACGGAUGAGUACGGCAGUCUGUAUGUGGACAGCACGGGACAACGACGCACGGAUUUUGUCGUUACAUAUUUCACUGGACUGGGAAUUCGUACACCGCUGCUAUCUAAGAUCGGCGUAGAUGAAACGUUGCACGAGGUCACGCACUUAACGGAAUGGGGCUAUGGAAAAGUAUUUCCUCCGCCGAAUGAACCGUUGUGCGGAUAUCUAAAGAAUAAAUGUUUGGCGAAAAGCAUUUUGGGUGUAUUUUACUGGCGGUAUAAAAAGUUGAAAGAUGCUGACAACCUUUUGCACGACCUUUGGUGGCAGCUGGACGUGGACGAUAUGAAAGCAGCAUCGUUUUUUCGCUCCAACGCUUCGUCACUAUUUACAGCACUCGGCAAACCGGACGAUGAAUCUGUUUCAGCUUCUUUUAAAGCGGAGAGAAUGAUGCGAUUUGUUUCGCUUCUUGACAAAGCUGCGGUGUGCUUUCCGUGUGCACGCGGCGAAGGGUCACUGGAUUUUACGGACAUCAGCAGGAAUUUUAAUCUACUGAAACUGUUCAAAAAUGGAUUGAAUUUCGUCCAUCAUUCGCGGCUGCGUUAUCACGGUCGAUUGAGUACGUUUAACUGCUGGAUCGACAAGCAUUUUACGCUGAAGCUGAUGCACGUAGCCAGCGACCGAAUUCUCGGUCAGCUGGAAACUGUGGAUAACGUUGUGGACUGCCUCGGUCCGACGUAUUGCAACUGGGAACCGCUCUUCUGGUUGGUCCCGGAAUUGGACGAAAUCGACCAAUCAGACAGCGCCGUCACGUCCAUGCAGGCCGUCGAUAUAUUCUCCUCGGGACUGAUACUCUACGAUAUCCUAACAGGAGGAUCGUUACACCGCAAAAUGCAGGACAUGUUUGGCAGAUCGGCCUUUGUCACCGUGGACAACGCUCGCCACAAUCCACUGGUUGCCGCAGUGGAUUUCAUGGAGAUUGCCGAACUGGCCAGUGUGAUCCAUGCCUGUCUAAGCCCGCAACCUGAGGAUAGACCGAGUAUCAAGCAGCUGCGCUCCCAAUUGCGCGAGUUGUCGCCGCUGCUGACGCCGGGGAAAAAUCAGUAUAAGCUGUUCGAUAAGAUCUACCGGCAGCUGUGUCUGUAUUCCAGUCAGCUUGAGACGGAGGUGAUGCUGCGGUCACAGGCGUUGCGGGAGGCUCGCCGGCGUUGUGAUGCACUGAUCAGACAAUUCUUGCCCAUGUAA